AUGCGUUCACUAUAUGUCUUAGCAACCUCGGCUCUAGCUUUCGUAGCCAGCGCUACCCAAAACAGCACUUGUUCAACAGACCUCGAGUCUUUAACUGUCACAAACCUCGAUCAUGUCCGUGGCAACUUGCACUUACCCACUAACACCGAGAGUGGCCUGAACGUCACAUGGAGUAGUGAUCGCGAGUCUGUCGUCUCAAGCGAUGGUAUCGUCAAGAGGCAAAAUACAACGAGUCAAGUUGAGUUGACUGCUACGAUUGAUUGUAGUGGGACGCCAAAAAGUCGACAAUUUUCAGCCUUGGUCCAUCAGGCAGCUAACAUCGGUGCAUUUGAAGGCUACGCAUUUGCGUACUUCACCAACAACUCCCGCUCGGGCGAGAACAUCUAUUUUGCGGCUAGUAACGGCAACGACGCCUUGUCGUGGAAAGAGCUCAAUGGUGCACAGCCUGUUCUCAAAUCGACAUAUGGCACAACUGGACUGCGCGAUCCUUUCAUCAUUCGUUCUCACGAGGGCGACACUUUCUACCUCAUUGCAACUGAUCUUUCGAUCGGUUCUGGAACCUCUUGGGGCGAUUCAGUCAAGUUAGGCAGUCGAUAUCUUGAAGUAUGGGAGUCCCACGACCUCAAGACAUGGUCGGAACAACGCCAUGUGUUGGUUUCACCUGCUGAAGCUGGCAACACGUGGGCGCCUGAGGCCUACUACGACGAAGGCAUUGGUGCUUAUGUAGUCUUCUGGGCCUCUUCUCUAUACAACUCGACCGAUGUUGAUCGUACUGGAGCGACCUACCACCGCAUGCUGUAUGCCACGACACGAGACUUCGUGACGUUUAGCGAGCCCCAGAUCUGGCAAGAUGUUGGCAUGUCACGUAUUGAUUCCACCGUCUUGAAGUCGGGCGACGUCUACUACCGCUUUACCAAAGACGAAGGUGCUGGCGAGACUGGAUGUGUCGACAUCAUUGAGGAAAGAUCAACCUCGCUCAGAGCGACAGCGGACUCUUGGACUACCAUCGAUACCUGCAUCGGCAAGAAGGCUGGUACUCAAGGAGUUGAAGGGCCCACAGCAUUUAAAUCCAACCCUGGCGAUGUGAAUGGAGACCACUUUUACCUGUUUGUCGACGAGUUUACUGGUCGCGGCUACAUUCCCCUCCAGACCAAGAACAUCGCAAGCCCUAAUUGGACAGUCCCGGCAUCAUACAAGCUGCCUCCAAGCCCUAGACAUGGAACAGUCCUGCCCAUCACUGCUGCCGAGCUCGCUAGCCUUACAACAACCACUGUCAACACUUCAUUGAACGCUGGUGCUGUGUAUGGUGGUUCUCCAGUACUCAAAGGCUACUUCGCUGAUCCUAACAUCGCCGUGUUCAACAAGACUUACUACAUCUACGCUACCACCGAUGGCUUCCCUGGCUGGGGCGGUCAAGUGUUCUAUGCCUGGAGCUCACCAAAUCUGGUAAACUGGACUCGCAGCGAGCAACCUUUCCUCACGCUGAACGGCACCAACGGCAACGUGCCAUGGGCAACUGGUAACGCUUGGGCUCCCACAAUCAUCGAGAGACGUGGGAAGUACUACUUCUACUUUAGCGGACAGAACCCUACUUACGACACAAAGACUAUUGGUGUUGCCAUCGCGGACUCCCCUACUGGUCCCUUCACUGCAGAACCCACCGCCAUGAUUCUUAACAACGAGCGCCUUACCACCGGCCAAGCCAUUGACUCGGAUGCGUUUCUAGAUCCUGUGAGUGGCAAGUACUACCUCCUCUGGGGUAAUGGCCAACCUCUCCUCGCUGAGUUGAAUGACGACAUGAUUUCCAUAGACUGGCCCACUGCACAGAACAUUACAGGCCUGGAAGACUUCCGCGAGGGCCUGUUCAUCAACUACCGCAAAGGUCUCUAUCACAUCACCUACUCCAUUGACGAUACGGGCUCGGAGAACUACCGCGUCGGCUACGCUACAUCCACCUCGAUAACCGGAAACUGGACUUAUCAUGGCGUGGUGCUGCAGAAGGAUGUCAGUCAGGGAAUCUUAGCCACUGGUCACAACUCGAUCAUCAAUGUGCCUGGAACAGACGAGUGGUAUAUGGCUUACCACCGUUUUGCCAUUCCUGAUGGCGACGGCACGCACAGAGAGGUGACCAUUGACAAGGUCACUUUUGACGAAGAGACCGGAUUGAUGAAUGCUGUUAUUCCCACGCUGAGUAGCGUGGCGGCUUUCCCUGUCCCUGGGAGAUGA